GACUUUGGAAAUCUUCGAGGCGAUCAUGCUAGGGUCAAUGGAGGUACUGCUAUUGAACCCUUGAGACGCUCCGAAUCCCUAGAGCAAACUCCACAGACCAAUCCUAUGGACAUCGAGAUCUCUAACUAUGCAAAUAGCGAGCAGAAGCUUUCUUGGGACGUCGAUGAUGUCGCCGAAUUAUCACUCUCGGAGAUUCUAGAGAGGUUCUAGAAGCCUCGUCACCUGUUUUCCCGCCAUGCAUUGCUCUUGUUCAAGCAAGGCACGAAGAAAGGAGCUACUUAUCGAGAGCUCAUAAUGGAGGUCGCAAGGGCAUGGAAGAAGCUGUCAGACGAAGAUGUCAAUGAUUGGAAUGACCGUUAUACGCAUCUCCUCUCUGGUGAUGUCACAGUGCUGCUUCCACCUAAGGAAGAGAGUCAGCCUUCCGACUAUACUGAGGAACAGAGUACACUAGAGACAAAUGACGGAAAGCCCGAAGCGGUGCAACGUGGGAAGCCUUCACCCAACAAAGACCAACAUCAUCAUACAGAUGACGAAAAACCCUACGUACUACCGCUUGGGAAUCACUUUUCCCACGCAGAGCAAGGGCAUCGGACACAUGACGAGAACCCCCACGCACUGGAGCGGAGAAACCGCCAUUCUAAGACGGAGCAAGAGUAUGAGACAGAUACUAGGAGCGAUACUCCAGUGCUAGAUCAUACACGACAAGAUCAUGAGGCUAGUCUGAGCGCCCGAACACCUGUUACGGGCACUCCUCUCAAGCCAACUACUCAUCUUACAGAGCCAGACACAAUCAUCGAAAACACUCCGGUACUGGAGCGCGGAAGCCGUGCUGAGAAGACAGAUCUUGAAGAGAAGAAAAGCCUUGCGAGCUCUUCUCCGGUGCCAGACCGCACACAACAAGAUCGUAGUAUCACGCAGAACGCUCAGACGCUUGUUACAGGUACUCCUCGCAAGCGCAAGUCAUUAUUCGUGGGUCUAGGCACAACGAGCGAGAAUUCUCAGAUACUGGGGAGCGGAGAACCUCAACCCGAGCUAAAACUAGAACCCAAAGCGAUUGUCGCGAGUAUGAGCCUACCUCCGUAUAGCACACGACAAGAGGAUGGUGUCCUAGAUGAGAUCCGAGCACCUGUCCCUCUUCAUACCGUAGCGAUCCUGGAACGCGGGGUCGCUGAGAAUGCCCAAGACUCUACUCUCCACCGUGCAGCUGUAAUUACUAGAGCCUAUAGUGGACAUAACCCACCACCUGGUGCGCCAAUCAGACCGAGAUCAGCUCUGCAAUCGGAUGGACCUCUUCAUCCAGCUAUAAUGACGAGAGAAGAUUACUACAGGAACUCCUCUACCCCAAUCGUCGAUCUUCUCUGCGGCCCACGGGACUUCCAUCCUCACGAGGAACAAACCAUAAUCAGAUUGAUUUCGAACGAACUCCGCCAGCGGAUUCGUGUUCGCAAGCCUACUGUCCCAAUGCCGGGGGGCGCCAGGCCCCUUACACUUAACCCCAAAGUGACCGAGGACCAUGUGUCUGGGUUUUUCAGGUCCAUAGAGUCAGACGGCCCGUCCAGAUGCCGUAAUCUAAUCGAGAAGGACCUUCGGCUGUGGGUAUCAGCAGAUCCACGUGCGUUUCCCGAACUUCGGACGUGCCCUGUCAUGUUUGUAGCGUUGAGGACGGAUACGACUCCUUGUGUAGAUUCGCUCUAUCGGAACGGGCCCAUUAUAACUGUAAAUAAUUGUCAGACAGCACUGAAGUAUAUCUGUGACACUGCGGAGGAGGCUUCAUCCAGAUAGCUACGAAAACGAGUUUCAGGGUCGAAGCAAGUUGCGUGAGCAACUCGUGUCGGCUAUCAGAAUG